CAUCACUCCAGAGAACGCGUUUCCACUGCUCCAGAGUCCAAUGGCGGCGAGCUUUACACCACUCCAGCCGACGCUUAGCAUUGCGCACGGUGUUAGUUAGCCUUGUUAGCCGACGAACAGUUAUUGUGCUGAUGUUGUUUCCAGAGGCAGUUAGGAGUGUUUCCAACCGAGAACAGACUCAUUUUUAUGUGGACACACCUUCAUGGAGGGAGAUUGCGGAGACGUUGGAGUCUGAGCCAACCACUUGUUCAAAGAAGUAGGUUUCGCUAACAGUUCGUCAAGGCGAGAAAAGAAACGAGGUCCUCAGUGAAGAUGCCGUUGGAAAGUCUACUCCGGAAAUGUCGCUGCUGGUUUGUUCAGCACGUGAAGCAUGGGAAGGACAUCUUCACCAAAGGAUGUGGUAUGUUGUAUUUUCUAUUUUAGUCGACAAAAAAUUAGCCAUGUUCUGCUAACUAUAGCUAGCGCUAGCUACUUUGCUAGCUAGCUAGCCUAGCCGCAUACUUGUGCAGAGUAAGCCAGCCAAAUAAACUAAAGUUCUUCAUAACUUUUUGUUCUAACAUUUUGUCAGAAAGAAUCAUAAGCUUCCCACGUUGGUUAUACACAAGUCAAAGUUUGGUUUCAAGGUCCAGCUAGUCGUAAUGUUGCAGAGUUGGGAGCAGAGUUGAGUACAGUAGCUUGGACAGGCUCAAACGUUUGCAACAUUUAUAUAGUCUAUUGUAGUCUCAGUUAGUUAUGUUUCAUGUUCAUUGAUCGGUUUGCAUAUGUGUAAUAAACAGCCCUCUACUUUUUUCUUUUUUUUCAAACAACAAACAGGUGAAUGGAGACCCCACCUGGUUUUGUUCUCUGCCCCCCAGCACUACCUGUCUCCCAGCACUACCUGUCACCCAGCACUACCUGUCACCCAGCACUACCUGUCACCCAGCACUGCCUGUCUCCCAGCACUACCUGUCACCCAGCACUACCUGUCUCCCAGCACUACCUGUCUCCCAGCACUACCUGUCUCCCAGCACUACCUGUCACCCAGCACUACCUGUCACCCAGCACUACCUGUCACCCAGCACUACCUGUCUCCCAGCACUACCUGUCUCCCAGCACUACCUGUCACCCAGCACUACCUGUCACCCAGCACUACCUGUCACCCAGCACUACCUGUCACCCAGCACUACCUGUCACCCAGCACUACCUGUCUCCCAGCACUACCUGUCACCCAGCACUACCUGUCACCCAGCACUACCUGUCACCCAGCACUACCUGUCUCCCAGCACUACCUGUCACCCAGCACUACCUGUCUCCCAGCACUACCUGUCUCCCAGCACUACCUGUCUCCCAGCACUACCUGUCUCCCAGCACUACCUGUCUCCCAGCACUACCUGUCUCCCAGCACUACCUGUCUCCCAGCACUACCUGUCUCCCAGCACUACCUGUCUCCCAGCACUACCUGUCUCCCAGCACUACCUGUCUCCCAGCACUACCUGUCUCCCAGCACUACCUGUCUCCCAGCACUACCUGUCUCCCAGCACUACCUGUCUCCCAGCACUACCUGUCUCCCAGCACUACCUGUCUCCCAGCACUACCUGUCUCCCAGCACUACCUGUCUCCCAGCACUACCUGUCUCCCAGCACUACCUGUCUCCCAGCACUACCUGUCUCCCAGCACUACCUGUCACCCAGCACUACCUGUCACCCAGCACUACCUGUCUCCCAGCACUACCUGUCUCCCAGCACUACCUGUCUCCCAGCACUACCUGUCUCCCAGCACUACCUGUCUCCCAGCACUACCUGUCUCCCAGCACUACCUGUCUCCCAGCACUACCUGUCUCCCAGCACUACCUGUCUCCCAGCACUACCUGUCUCCCAGCACUACCUGUCUCCCAGCACUACCUGUCUCCCAGCACUACCUGUCACCCAGCACUACCUGUCACCCAGCACCACCUGUCACCCAGCACUACCUGUCUCCCAGCACCACCUGUCUCCCAGCACUACCUGUCUCCCAGCACCACCUGUCUCCCAGCACCACCUGUCUCCCAGCACUGCCUGGUCAACAGCCCCCAAGCCCAUCUCCCGCACUGAACUGCAGUGCAGAAUUAGAAACAAUCUUCAUGUAGGACCUGUUAAGUCCUAUCCUGGGCCCACCUCCAAGACCUAGUUCACUGGCUUGUUCCUCAGCGAUGCCACAGAGCAGCAAAAGUAGUAGCAGCAGGGCUGUGAGAAGGGAGGAAAGAGCUGCAGACUCAGCCCUUGACACAUUGAAAAUGAUUGAAGACAUAUCUCACAAUCUGAAGAACGUCACGCACCGGAGCCACCAGCUUAUCCUUGAGGGCCCUGGCACCUAUAGCGGAUUUCAUGGAUGAACUCUCGCCAAAACGCUGAGGAAUUCUAUCAACAACUGCAUGAGCUGGUGCAUGACUUCAAGAAGAGGACAUUGGGGAGUACGACUGGGACCCUGAGAUCGUGCGUGACUUCAAGAAGAGGACAUUGGGGAGUACGACUGGGACCCUGAGAUCGUGCGUGACUUCAAGAAGAGGACAUUGGGGAGAACGACUGGGACCCUGAGAUCGUGCGUGACUUCAAGAAGAGGACAUGGGGAGAACGACUGGGACCCUGAGAUCGUGCGUGACUUCAAGAAGAGGACAUUGGGGAGAACGACUGGCACCCUGAGAUCGUGCGUGACUUCAAGAAGAGGACAUUGGGAGAACGACUGGGACCCUGAGAUCGUGCGUGACUUCAAGAAGAGGACAUGGGG